AGGACCCGCAGCCAUGGGCCGCCGACCCGCGCGCUGUUACCGAUACUGCAAGAACAAGCCCUACCCAAAGUCCCGUUUCUGCAGGGGUGUUCCUGAUGCCAAGAUCAGGAUCUUUGACCUCGGUAGGAAGAAAGCCAAGGUCGAUGAGUUCCCACUCUGUGGGCACAUGGUGUCCGAUGAAUAUGAGCAGCUGUCCUCUGAAGCGCUCGAGGCCGCCCGCAUCUGUGCCAACAAGUACAUGGUGAAGAGCUGCGGCAAGGACGGCUUCCACAUCCGCGUGCGCCUCCACCCCUUCCACGUCAUCCGCAUCAACAAGAUGUUGUCAUGCGCUGGAGCUGAUAGGCUCCAGACCGGGAUGCGUGGGGCCUUUGGCAAGCCCCAGGGCACUGUGGCCCGCGUGCACAUCGGGCAGGUCAUCAUGUCCAUUCGCACCAAGGUGCAGAACAAGGAGCACGUCAUCGAGGCAUUGCGCAGGGCCAAGUUCAAGUUCCCCGGCCGCCAAAAGAUCCACAUCUCCAAAAAGUGGGGCUUCACCAAAUUCAACGCCGACGAGUUUGAGGAUAUGGUGGCCGAGAAGCGCCUCAUCCCAGAUGGGUGUGGAGUAAAAUACAUCCCCAACAGGGGGCCCUUGGACAAGUGGCGUGCACUGCAUGCGGCAUGAAGGGCUGGCGCACCCCUUCG